AUCUUGAUUCAGGCCAGGUCUGACAUUUUGGAAUUUGGGCCGGGUCAAGGUAGUUUCAUGCGUGUCAAUUAUAGUUAUAAGUCGAUUUAUUGAGACUGUUGUUGACGGAAACAACAAACGGGCGGAAACAAAGUUUUAAGAAUUCAUAUAUCAAAUAAAUAUAAAAAUUAUUUCUCGUCAAAACUCAUAUGCCAGCCAAUAAUUACGACCUUAAUCAGCAAGGUGACAUAAAUUACAUCUUGAUGAAAUUAAUUAAUCCGCAUCCGGUAGUUGCAAUCCAACCAUACCGUUGGAAACGAGUCGAUGGACGAUGUCCGAUGCGUUUAAAAUUGUCCGGACACGCCGCAAAUACGCGCUCGUGUGUCGCUUCUCGUUGUGGAUUUGCAGACAUGCCGCGUCUGGUAAAUCGUCUAAAUAUUUUGGCUACUGCAGGCUUCAUCAAAACUAUUUCGUGCAAAACAGCCGGCUGCACCACGUGCGUCAGUUCCGCUCCGCUCGACGCUCGCUGACAAGCGUUUCAUCAAGACUGUCCUUGUUGUCGUCGGGAACACGUUUUUCGUUUAUCACCGAGUCCGAAUGUCGAAUUCCGAUAGUUACGUCGACAGUAAAGGUAGCUGCGAGUCUGUCCACCCAUCCAGCCUCUCGGUAAAGAUGCAACAUAGUCUAAGGAAAAUGAGAAAGAGCAUCCAAAAAAUCACUGAGAGCAUCCAGGAGGACAAGCAUUCACCGUACAUGUUUCCCGAGCAACUUUCCACCCUGACCUGGCGCACUGGCUUCUCCAAGGACGAGAUACGCAGGCUGUACCGCGCCUUCAAGCAGCUGUGCCCGAGGGGAUGCGCGACGACUGGCGAUUUCAGGCCCGCGUAUGCCAAGCUGUUCCCGUUAGGCGAUCCAGCCAGGUACGCACAAGUGGUGUUCAACAGCUUCGACAAGGACGGCGACGGUAUCGUCAGCUUCAGCGAUCUCCUCGGAGCCAUGGCGACGAUCAUCCACGGCAACGUGGACGAGAAGCUUUCUUGGAUAUUUAGGUUCUACGAUCUGAAUAGGGACGGUUGCAUCACGAGACGGGAAAUGCUGGCCAUAAUAUCCGCGAUUUACGAGAUGGUGCAGGACGUGCAAAGUAUCCAGCCCGCGGUUAAAAGCCAGGUAGACAAGUUCUUUGAGAAAAUGGAUACGAAUAGAGACGGCGUGGUCACCAGGGAGGAGUUCAUGAGCGGAUGUAAAAAUGUAUGGGCUAAGAAUAUUCUAUUACGUUAUGAGGAUAAUGAAUUUGGAUUUGACACUAGAAGGACUGUGUUUAGGAGAAGAAUAAAAGCUUAAAAGUUGCCUUCUAUCAAACAAUCUAUCAUAUUUU